UACCAUCGUCCCCCUUUACCAUUUACUGCUCUCGCUUAAUAAUCUCACGUUUUUUGACCUUUUAUUUCCUUUUCAAACUUCGUAGUCUCGCGGGCUUCCAAACCCUAAUCGAUCCUCUCUGCGCUUAUCUUGCCUUCAAAAACCUUCGCUGCUGCUCAUGUGCCGCUAGAUCUGACUCGCUUCCAGUUCGUUCUUGAUCCGGUUAGAGCCCUGCAAUUGACUCAGUUCCGAUGAUGAAGGGAUCGGGGAAGGAGAAUAACCCGAUUCCCGUAGCUCCUCCACCGGCUGCCCUCUCGAAGAAGGACCGGCAUAUCGUGACUUGGAUCCCUCAGGAGGAUGAUUUACUACGGGAGCAUAUUGCUCUGCACGGGACCGAUAAUUGGACAAGUAUCGCAGCUCUGUUUAAGGACAAGACUAGCAGACAGUGCCGGAGAAGAUGGUACACCUAUUUGAAUUCGGAAUGCAAAAAAGGUGGGUGGUCAGCGGAAGAGGACAUGCUCUUAUGUGAGGCACAAAAGAUGUUUGGCAACAGAUGGACAGAGAUUGCAAAGGUUGUAUCAGGAAGAACAGAUAACGCUGUAAAGAACCGCUUCUCCACCCUCUGCAAGAAAAGGGCAAAAUUUGAGGCUUCAUCCAAGGAGAAUAGUGUUCCCUCUUUGGACCCAAGCAAUAAGAGGGUUCUUGUCGAAGAACCAUCUAUAGCAAUACUAAUAGGGGAACCAUCGACAUCAAAUAAGCAGAUGAGGUAUCACAUCUCUCCUCUCAAAGAGACAAUUGAAGCACAUAGGAGAUCUCUUGGGGAACAUGGUCCAGCUCAGCAUCUGCAAAGGCCACCUCUAUUAGAAGUUCAAAACUUUGACACAGUUAAUCAGUCAUCAGCUUCCAAUAAGGUUAGUCAAGCAACUUUCCUCGGGAGAGAUGACCCAAAACUAACUGCCUUGUUGCAACAAGCUGAAUUGCUGACUUCCCUUUCCAAGAAGGUUAAUGCAGAAAAUACCAACCAAAGUCUUGAUGAGGCUUGGAAGGAGCUUCAAGAGUACUUGAUUCAAACUGAAGACAGUGGGCUACUAAGAAAAAGAAUUUCCGGAAUGAGUUCUAUGCUUGAUGAACUGAGGGACUUGAUAGAAGACUUAAAUAAUAGUGAAGAAGAAGAGCAGCAGCCAUUGAGGCAAAUUGGUUCUCAUGAGAACUCUCAAGGAAGUUCGGAGUGCAGCACUAGUUCAAUGCAUAAUGUCAAUGCUGGACAAAAUAGAAGUGGUGUUCAGUUCGAAGAUUGUUCCCAGCACAAAGAUAAUGAAAUUGAUCCUUCCAAUGCUGAUGCAGCAUGCUCCAACAUGCAUUCUUGUCCAGAUUCAGAUUUAUCAUUUUCUGGAAUGCCAAAGGAUGAAGCUGAAGACGGUGCUACAACCUCAGAAUUUGCAUCUCCGCUUCAGACAAUCCCGUCUUUCCAUUCCUUUGCUGAUGAAAUUCCAAGUCCAGUGUUCACUUCAAGUGAGAGGCAUUUCCUUCUUAGUUUGAUUGAUUUGCCAACCCCAGACAACGACACCAACUCAAAGAUUCCAUCCUGCAAAAGGGCUCUUCUUGAUACCUUCAAACCAUCAUAGUUUGAGUUCGGAAGGGUUUCGUAUUCCAUUAUGCAUUGCAUUUAUUAAGUCAUGAAUUUAGGCAUAUACUUAGAUGGUUAUAUGGUUUCUCUUCUGUUUCAUGCAUCCAUUCUAUUGUUUAAAAAUUGCAGACGAUUCCUUUUUUUGUCAGAGGUGCUUUAAGUCUGCUCAAAUAUUAGGCGUGUCCGUACUAUGUCCAUACCUUGCUGUGGUGUUGCAGAUUUUCCAUGACCAAACUGCACUUGCCUUGUUUGCAUAUAUCUACUUGCAUGAACUUCAACAGUUAUAUUGUGUCAUUCUUUUUCUUUCCUGUUUUUUGUGUUUAUAGUAUAUUGAGUUUUAAUCAUCAUUUGUUUGGUUUGUCAUUCAUGCACAUAUUAUUCAUCAUAAAGUCAUCUGUGUAUACAAGCCAUAUUUACCUAAAGGCAUAAGGUCUGUCAGGUAUCAUUAUCUUUGUUUUGAUUUGGUACUGGAGUUACAGAAUCAGAAACAGUUUCUGAUUAUAGGAGUUGCUACAACUCUGUCCUAAAUGAUCCUGUUCGAUCAUGAACUCUACUUUUUAUUUGUGCUUUGUAAGGCGUGUAACUAUAUUGUCAAAUACAUGGAAAAUUUUUGUGUUAUCUGAA